AUCCCCCCCGAGCAUCCAGUCAGGCUUCCCCCAUCCAAAACUUGUCCUAGAAAAUAGGAAAAUGAAGAUUAAAAUCCAAGGAAUGUGUUGUAUAUAUCUACAAAGCCAAAAAUUCCUGCAAAGAAAAGGUUGGAAAGCUCCACCACCCGGCCCUGCAGCUUCCCGGCAUCUGCUUCAAAGUUUCACCUCCUCUGGAAUCCGCUUCCAAAACAAAUCCUGACAUCCUACCUUGGGCUCCUGCCAUCCCCAGCUGGACCUGGGUUUAUUUAGGAAGGGGGAAAGUGCUUUUUUCACUCGCUCAGAAAGUGGGGUUUUGGGGGCUUGGGGCAGUCACGGCUGUUCUUGCCUGCAAGGCUGGAACUUCAGGAAUGCUGUAGGAAUCUGGAAAGGCGGAUUUGGGAGGAAAUCCACCGUGUAGGGUGGUUUUGGCUGGGAAUGUGAGCCGUGGAUAAUGGUGGAGGAUACCCUGGCUGCCUAAAGGCUAAAGAGGGGAUCCCAGAAUUUCCAUGGAGGCUCAAGUGUUCCUUUCUGGGGCUGGAACGAGAUCCCUGGGAUUGUUACGAUUGGAGUGUUGAGAGGGAUGAGGCACCAGCAGGAAUUAAAGGCUCUGAGGCAUCAGGAAUGUGAUGAAGAGGCUGAAUCUCAUCCAUGUCCAUGUUUUUCCUGGAAAGCCGUGCUGCCAGAUGCAGCCCUUUACAAGGCCAAGUGCAUGCUUUCAUCAGGGAUGCGGGAUGGAGGAAGGUCAUGGGUGGGAUGGAGGAAUGCCAUUGGAGCUGGGGUGGAGACGUGAGUUGCUGCUCUUUGCUCUCCAGGUCUGUUCUUCCAGCUCUUUUUUGGGAUAUGAUUUGGGCUGGUUUAGAGGGGGUGUCCCGUUCCCUGGUGUGUGGGAGCAUGGGAAGGGCACAGAAUCCUGAAAUGGUUUGGGACAGAAGAAGCCUUAAGGAUCACCCAGUUCCACCCCCCUGCCAUGGGCAGGGACACCUCCCACUAGCCCAGGUUGUUCCAAGCCAGCUCCAGGGCUGGAAGCCACUCCCGAGCUCUGGAAGUGCGGCGCUUCCAAACGCGGCCUCUCGGCUCCCUCUAGAGCCAGAGAGAAGGAAAAAACUUCCAGAAGUUGCUCCACCUGCUCCUAAAAUCGUCAUCUGGAGGGUCCCGUCCUUUCCCAGGCAGAGAGCGAGGUGUUGGGGUAAUGCCAGAAUCCUGGACCUAAAAAUUCCCAUUCCACCAAGAAAUUCCUACCUUGUACACAUCAGACAUCCAGGAAACCUGGGGGGGUCCUUCAGGUCGGCAUGGGGUAUCCCAAUGCUCCUGGAGAAAAGGACAUGGCUGUUUUCUGGGAGGAAGGAGGGAUGGAGGCAGGAAGGGGCCUCUGAAUCCCCCAGGAUCCCCUCGCCAUGUGUGGUGGCUCCAUUCCCAGCCUGAGCUCCCAUUUCCCAUCAUAAAUAACAGCAUCUCCUUUCCCUCUGGCUCCCAACGGAGAUGGCCAGGGAUCCCUGAAUCCCUUCUGUGUGUCCUCAUUGGGGACAAAUCCACAGGGAGGGAGAAUUCCCAGAAAUGGCAAUAAAGGAGCUUCCUUGAUAACAGGGCUUAUAAAGUUUCCUGUCUCAGUGUGGGAUUUUCCUGGCAAGUGAGCAGGGUUAGGUUAUGAACACCUCGUUAGGUACCAAGCUAAUUACAAGAGUGUUUCCCAAGCAAAGCAUCCACAAUUUGGGAUGGAAAGGGGGUCUUGGAGCAUCCCAAGGGAAAAGCAUCCAACCCUUCCCAAGGCUGCAGAGCCCAGGGAGGGCUUCCCUGUCCCUCCCUCCCUCUUCCUAUGCAGGAUUUUGGGAGCCUCCGUUGGCAAAGCCGCCUUGUUGAGCAAGAGGGCCCUGACGAGAAUUCCAUGAGCGAGCUUCCCGCAGGGAGCAAAGGGCAGCAGGAGUGUGUCCCUGCCAGGCCAGCACCUCCCGGGGAUUUUGGACAGCAAAGGGACCGUGGUGAGGAGGAAGAGGAGGAGGAAGGCAUCUGGGAAUUCCUUCAGCUUCUUGGGCUUGUUCCCAGGCCAUGGCAGCCACCACGGUGACCGACGCCGGCAGCGUGAGGAUCAUCACGGAGGUGAUCCCGGCCACGGAUCCCCGGGCGGCCCAGCUGGCCUCAGGCUCCCAGGCACCUGCCAGGACCUCGUUCCAAACACAAAGCUUCCGGAGGGCUCAUCCCAAGGUGUUGGGGACCAUCCACAUCUUCACUGGAAUUGUCCACAUCUGCUUUGGGAUCAUCCUGACACUGUCGGAGCACAGGAAGCCUUCCCUCCCUGUGGCCAGCGGGAUCCUCUUCUGGCUGGGGAUCCUGCUCCUGGUCUCGGGCUCGUUGCUGGUGGAAAGUGAAAGGAGAGACAGCCCUGUGCUGGUAAGAUCCAGGCUGGGAGGGACAAGAUGUCCCCCCAUUCCUUAUGUCUCUUCCAGCAGCUGCCAGGACCCUUCCACAGCCUGGAUUCAUCCCACAGGAUCCACAGGCCAGUCUCCCCCUUGGGAAGCGCCCAGCUCUCCCACAUGGAGCACAGGAUGGGGGUCAGGGUCACUGUGGGAUGAGGGGGAUGAAAGGUCCAGGAGACCCUCAUGGCUUUGGAAUCACUGUGGGAUGAGGGGGAUGAAAGGUCCAGGAGACCCUAAUGGCUUUGGAAUCACUGUGGGAUGAGGGGGAUGAAAGGUCCAGGAGACCCUCAUGGCUUUGGAAUCACUGUGGGAUGAGUGGGACAAAACUGGGUGGCUUCUCCAGGAGAUCUCUGAUCCCAGUUGAAUAAUCCACGUGGGAAGCAGCCCUUCCCGGGGUUCGUGUCACCGGGUGCUUCCCGCAGGUCAAGACCUGCUGUGUGGUCAAUGUGGGCGUUGUCCUGGGCACGCUGGUGGCCACCGGGAUCCAUGGCACGGCCAUCACCCGGAUCAUGCC